UCUGGUACAGAGAGUAAAGAAAAAAUUUAUAGACCAAGAAAGAUCAUACUUGCAUAGAGCAAGGAAAAAGAAUGAUACAAAAACUGCCAUUAACAAGGUCACCACACCCACCCCCCGUAUAUGUCAGCCAUUGGAGGUGUCUUUCUGCUAUGCAGGUCGGUCCAGUCGGUGACAGUGUGGCCGUAUUUCACAAAAAACCAGACAAAUUUCUAUUAUAAUAUUAUGUUUAUUUAUAAAAUUAUAUAUGUGUAGAUAAGAACCAAAAACCGUUGACUUGUUACUGUAGGUGAACAAACCUCCACUUGCCAGUUUCCCCUGUAAAUUCCAUUACCUACUCAAUUUAUAAGAUUGAAAGUGAGAAAAGCUUUUCAGGGUUUUGGUUUUAGCAGUAAAAUCCCUACCAGGAAGGAUAGGAAAGGUGAUUUAAUCCACUUCUGCUUUUGUCUUUCUUUCCUCAAUCCAUAUCUCCGUCUUCUUUCUUCUCUCUGUCUUUUCAUAUAUAGCUCUGAAGGAAGAGACCAAAUAUUAAGAGAUUGAAGAGAGAUUUUCUGUGAAAAAUGGUGACUGGGUGGAGAAGGGUGUUCUGCACAUCCAUACCAAAUGACAGAGACAAGCAACAACCACAACAACAACAGCAACAAUGCAACAAGAGCCCUAGAUUCACUUCAAAGUUCGGUUUUUUCUCCAACCCAUCAACCCCUCGAUUUCAGUCGCAACCGGUCUCUAGACCCACCCUCCGCUGCCGCACCACCGCCACAGCCGCCAGCACCACCACUUCAACACCCACAUCUUCGUUACCCAAUAGCCCAAAACUCCAGUGUAAAACAGAAAGUACUAAUGGUAAGAAAACAAAGAGCCCCAGAUUGUUCUAUUCCUCCAAUCCAUCGUCUCCCAAAUCACCCUCCAGUUUCUCCCUCCUUAAACCCAGUUUCCGUAACAGGUGUGGAGUCUGCUUGCAGAGCGUCAAGACAGGCCAAGGAAUGGCCAUUUUCACGGCCGAAUGCUCCCAUACAUUUCACUUCCCCUGCAUCUCUUCACACGUGACGAGUCAGCAGCUCCUCGUAUGCCCUGUUUGCAGCAGCCACUGGCAGGAACUGCCUUUGCUCGCUCUUCAUGGCAAAGUCCAUAAAACCGAGCCCAAACAAGAGCUAAGAGAACUCGUCAAAACCAAGAAUCUGAGAGUCUACGACGACGAUGAGCCUCUACGUUCUCCAUCUCCUGGAUAUUUAAUCAAUCCAAUCCCGGAAUCGAACGAAAACGAUGACGGAGAAGAAAACGCUGAGUUUCAAGGAUUCUAUGUGAAUCCUACACAGUUGGCAUCUCCGAAGAAAAUCAGUAAUCACGAAAUCGGGAGAAACAUUGAGCUUAGCCUAUUGCAGGAGUCGGCAGUUUUGGCGACUGACAAGAGUUCCCAAACUUAUGUGGUGGUGUUGAAGGUUAAAGCACCACCGUGUCCAGAGGCGUGUGGGACACGUCGGCCGCCAACAGAUUUGGUGACCCUGCUUGAUGUGAGUGGGAGCACAAUCGGCGAGAAGUUGCAGAUGAUGAAACGCGCUAUGAAACUAGUGAUAUCCUCUCUCGCUUCGACGGAUCGUCUAUCGAUCAUCGCGUUCUCGGCAAACUCGAAGCGGCUGCUGCCGCUUCGGAGAAUGACUGCGGACGGACGGCGAUCGGCCCGUCGUAUUGUGGAAGCGAUGUCGAGCACUGGUCAAGGAGGGAUGAGUGUGAAUGACGCGCUGAGGAAGGCAGCGAAGGUGCUCGAAGAUCGGCGAGAGAGGAAUUCCGUUGCUAGCAUCAUGAUUUUAUCCAACGGUCAAGAAGAUCGGUCCCACACUAAAUCAGUUCCUUAUAGCCGUUCAUCUUCAUUGGUAGUGUCGUCCACGCGCUUUGGUCCCUUGGAGAUCCCCGUGCACGCAGUUUGUUUUGGAGAUGGUGGAGAGUACGGUCACCCGCCACCGCAGGAUCCAUUGUCGAAAUGUAUCAGUGGACUAUUAAAUGUGGUGGUUCAAGAUCUCAGGCUUCGAUUAGGCUUCGUGUCCGAUUCAACGCCGGCCAAGAUGGCAGCUGUUUACUCAAUAGCGGGGCGACCCGCAUCUCUUAAACCCGGUUCGGUACGGCUCGGGGAUCUCUACGCCGAGGAAGACAGGGAAUUGCUCAUCGAGCUAAAGGUCCCAGCAUCGUCAGCUGGGCCCCACUAUUUUCUAUCCGUUCGAUCAUCAUUUGUGGACCCAUCAUCACAAGAGCAGAUAUGUCCAAAAGAGCAAGUGCUGUUGGUACCUCGUCCCCAAACCGCACGAUCUUCGUCUCCAAGCAUCCAACGGUUAAGGAACCUCCACCUCACCACACGAGCAAUAGCCGAGGCCCGGCGAUUGAUUGAACACAACGAUUUAUCUGGAGCUUCUCACUUGCUAUCCUCCGCUCGAGCCUUGCUGAUGAAGUCGAGCGACAGCUCAGCUUCAUUUUACGUACGUGGCUUGGAAGCCGAGCUAGUAGAGCUACAAAGGCGCAGGCAGCAGCCGCCGCCGCAACAGCAGCAGAGGCAUAGAGGGAGUGGACAAAUGGAGGAGAAGUCGGAGCCCCUAACGCCGACAUCAGCGUGGAGAGCCGCCGAGAGAUUGGCUAAAGUGGCGAUCAUGAGGAAGCACAUGAACAGAGUCAGCGAUUUGCACGGUUUUGAAAAUGCCCGAUUUUAAUUUAUUUUAUUUUCCCUAAAUUGUAAAAACACAAGAGAAAUAUAAAUUAUAAAUUAAAAAAAAGGAAGAAAAAUUAUGAUUGGUGUGGGCCUUAAUAGCGACAAGCGGUAGCAGACGGGUUGGGCCUUUAUGGGGUAAGAUGGAUAAUGGAAGUGAACCCCACCAAGAAAUUUGAUUGGGCUUUUGUAUGUCUGUAGUCUCUACUGCUCAUCUGUUCUUGACCGUACAGUAUAUAUUAUUGCUUUCUGGUUUGGUUAGGUGCACUAGUUUGGUUGAUGAUUCCUUUACUAGGAGGGAGGAUUAUGUGUGAAUUUGAUGCAGCUGUAGACAAUCAAUCAAAAUGGAUAAUGCCAAAUUGUUAUAAUUAUUGAGUGAAGGAAUUUUCAAAAUGGAGAGAA